UUUUGCUCCAAAACAUUCUGAAAUAUAAACAAAGCUUAACGAUUCUUCUUCUUCUUCUUCUUCUUCUUCUUCUUCUCUCUCUCUCUCUCUCUCUCUCUCUCUCUCUAAGAAUGCAGAAGCAAUCGAGAUACUCAAAUUCCCAGCUGCAUGGGUUACUAUUGUUGAUGAUGAGCUGCUAUUACAAUAUUGUGCCAUUAUUAGGGGCUCAAAAUGAUAGUAGUACUGGUUUAAUAGAGGUUGAUGUCGGGCUAAUUCUUGAUUUGGAUGAUAUCCUGGGAAAGAUAAGCCAUACGUGCACAUCUAUGGCGCUUGAAGACUUCUAUGCAUCAGGUCUUCAAACACGUACCACAAAGAUUGUUCUCCACCCUAGAGAUUCGAAAAAUGAUGUUGUGGAGGCAGCCUCUGCUGCUAUAGACUUGAUGAGAAAUGUCCAAGUACAAGCAAUAAUAGGUCUACAAACAUGCACCGAAGCAGAUUUUGUGAUUGACAUUGGGCACAAAACGCAAGUUCCUAUAAUAUCUUCGGCGACAAGUCCUUCUCUGUCGCCCAAGGACAACCCAUACUUCAUUCGAGGGGCACAUAAUGGCUCUUCUCAGGUUCAAUCCCUUGCCGCUAUAGUUAAGGCCUUCAGUUGGAGAGAGGUUGUGCUAAUUUAUGAGGAUACCGAUUAUGGACGGGGAAUAGGUCCUUAUUUAGCUGAUUCUUUGCUAGGGGUUGGUUCUCAGGUACGUUAUCGAAGUAUUAUGUCUCUUUCAGCCACAGACGAUCACAUUCUAAAAGAACUCUACAACCUAAAGACAAAGCAAACCAGGGUUUUUGUGGUGCAUAUGUUACCAUCUUUAGCUUCUCGUCUUUUCUUGAAGGUGCAAGAAGCUGAAAUGAUGAACAAGGGAUAUGCCUGGAUCAUUACAGAUGGGCUUACGAGUCGUUUAGAGUCUGUGGAUCCUAAGAUCAUAGGUUUGAUGCAAGGGGUCAUAGGUGUGAAACCUUAUGUUCCAAACUCGAGUGAGCUUCAAAACUUUACUGAAAGAUGGAGAAAGAGAUUUCGUCAAGAGAAUCCAAACAUAGAUAGAUUUGAACUAAAUAUGCUUGGACUGUGGGCGUAUGACAGUGCCACGAUGUUAGCCAUGGCAGUUGAUAGUUCCGGUAUUUCUCGAUCAAAAUUCAAGAAACCAGUCACUACAAGCAACUUGGCAGAUUUAGCUGCAAUUGGAUCCUCCGAAAUGGGACCAAGGCUCCUUCAAUCAAUAAAGAACACUAGAUUUCAGGGGUUGAGUGGUGAAUUUAACCUAGUGGAUGGGCAGUUGCAACCAUCGGCCUUUCAAAUAGUCAAUGUAAUUGGAAAGGGGGAGAGGGAAAUUGGAUUCUGGACUAGGGAAUCUGGCAUAUCAAAGAAGCUUAUAUUGGCCAGGAAUGGGAAUUACACCACUAACAAAGAAGAUCCUGGAGCCAUCAUUUGGCCCGGUGAAUCUAAUCUUGUACCCAAAGGUUGGGAAAUUCCAACAGGUGAAUAUAAAUUGAGGGUGGGAGUUCCUGCCAACAGUGGUUUUCCUAAAUUGGUCAAAGUGGAAACGGAUUCUGAAACUAAUGUCGUGGAUGCAACUGGUUUCUGCAUAGAUGUGUUCAAAGAAGUCAUACACUCACUACCAUAUGCUGUCCCCUAUGAUUUUGUUUCCUUCGAAAGCGAUAGACCUGGAAGUUACGAUGAUCUUGUUCAUCAGAUCUUUCUUGGGAACUACGAUGCAGUUGUGGGUGAUGUAACGAUUCUAGCAAACAGAGCGAGGUUUGCGGAUUUCACAUUGCCAUUCAUGGAGUCCAGUGUGGCUAUGGUCGUUCGAAUAGAGGAUGAUGAGAGGAAGAAUGCAUGGAUUUUCAUGAAACCCCUGAAAUUGGACUUGUGGUUAACAACUGGGGCAUUUUUCAUCUUCACUGGUUUUGUGGUUUGGGUUCUAGAACAUCGCGUAAACAAAGAAUUCCGAGGCCCAGCUCACAAGCAAGUCGGAAUGAUAUUCUGGUUCUCCUUCUCCACACUCGUGUUUGCCCAUAAGGAGAAAGUGGUCAGCAACUUAUCGAGAUUUGUGGUAAUCGUGUGGGUUUUCGUAGUGCUGGUACUAACAUCGAGUUAUACAGCGAGCUUAACAUCAAUGUUAACAGUACAAAAGCUCCAACCCAGUGUCACAAGUAUUAUGGACCUGAAAAUGAAUAAAGAAUAUGUAGGCUCCCAAACCGGUACUUUUGUCAAUGGGCUAUUGAAGAGAGAGGGAUUUGAUCCCUCCAAGCUUAGGAACUAUAGCACUUUUGAAGAGUAUGAUGAAGCCCUGUCCACAAGAAGUGUUGCAGCAAUUAUUGAUGAGGUCCCUUAUAUAAGGCUGUUCCUUGCCAACCCCUUAUAUUGUACCAAGUAUACUAUGGUUGGACCAUUCUUCAAGACAGUUGGCUUUGGAUUUGCGUUUCCAAAGGGAUCUCCCCUUGUACCUGACGUUUCAAGAGCAAUCUUAAAUGUAACCGACGGAGAUAAAUUCACUCAAAUUCAAAGCCAAUUGUUUCGGGAAGAAGUUGAAUGUGCAGAGCAAGAUGGUGCCAGGGUCACAUCUGGCAGCCUCAAUGUCGAAAGUUUUAAGGGUCUUUUCCUAGUUGCCGCCACAUCUUUGAGUUUUGCUCUCAUCCUAUUCCUGUCUAUCUUCUUAUACGACAACAGAGUGAUCUUGGCUUCUAACAACUCGUCACUAUGGCAAAAGCUAAUUGCAAUGGCAAAAAACUUCGACAGGGAAAAAGAGAACACAUAUGAUGCAUCCAAGAAAACAAAUCUAGCAAAUGAAGGGAUGACAGUGGCUUCUGAUCGCCCAGAAAGUCCUUCUCGGCUUGCAGAAUGGAUUUUUAUUCCAGAUGAAGGGUUUGCUACAACGAAAACCAAUACCCCAAUUCAUGAAACUAUAGAAAUGGUAGAAAUUAGUGAAGAACGAUAAGGAUUUUCAAAUGUAAAAUUGUGCUAGAAAGCUCAAUUCUUUCUUGUAACACUAGGUCAAAAUGUAUAGAUUGCUUCCUUAAUUUAGAGAGUUGGGAGCUUUUCGUUCACUAUCCUGUUGUAUAUUACCGAUCUAAUUGCAUGAUAUUAUGCAUUGAUUACUAGUU